AUGGUCGUAAAAGUGAAUAGCGGUGGCGGUCUGUACGGUGCGGAUGGUUUCGAGUUGAAGACAUUUGAAAACUAUCAAGCGGAGAUGAAUCGACGCCCAGAUUUUGAGCAGAAAAGUAACUCGGACAUUGGAUCAAAAAUGAUCGAGGACGAGAAGGACUAUACGAUCUACUCGAAGUGUGCCGCCGAGUUUAUUGCGGUGCUUCUUUUUGUUUAUGUUGGAUCCAUGCAAGCAGCUGGUGUCACCUUCGGCCACGACGGUGUCAUCCACGCCGCAUUCGCCCAUGGAGUCGCCAUCUUCGUCCUCGCCGCCACAUUCGGAGGUGUCAGUGGAGCCCAUAUCAACCCAGCGGUCACAUUCGGAAUCGCCCUGGUCGGUCGUAUCAACCCAAUCCACGCCGUCUGCUACAUCGUCUCUCAACUUCUCGGAAGUGUUUUCGGCGCACUUCUUGUUAGGAUUUCUCUCCAAUACAAAGUGUACUACGCAAUCGGCGCCGGCGCCACCCUGUGUGGAAAAGGAGUCGGGUGGCAGGAGGGACUAACCGCUGAAAUCGUCACCACCUACAUUCUGGUCCAAACCGUUCUUCUGUGCGCCGUGGACACUGACAAGAAUCGAUUGGCUCCCUUGGCUAUCGGAUUUUCUCUAAUCAUUGAAAUUCUCGCAGCUGGUGCUAUCUCAGGAGCGUCCAUGAACCCGGCCCGAUCCUUCGGACCUAACAUAAUGGGACAGAUUUUCUUGAAGCCAGAGAACCUUGACUCCCUAUACAUGUUCUGGAACUAUCACUGGAUCUACUAUAUUGGACCGGUCAUCGGUGCGUUCAUUGCUGCUGGAGUGUAUAGAUUGUUCUUCGCUCGUGACUAUCGUGUCCUUGCUUGA